AUGACUUGCAGGGAGGAUUCGGCAUCUUGGAGCUUCGAGCGGGUUGAGCGACGUCCGCGAAGCGCCCCUCGUCCAAGGAAGGCGGGUGCUCGUGCCAAGAAUCCGUUCAUCGAGUACGAUUUUCGCGAGAAGAGGCUCAACCAGGAGCGCAAAUGGCUGCAGGAAGAUUCGAGUUUUCUUGAGCAGCGACGAGAAGAGCUUCGAUUUGGCGCCCUCUUGAACCAACUCAACAUUCAGAAUGAUCCCGAUGACCAUCUGUAUGAGAAUCGUACGUUCUAUGGGCCACAUUCCAUGGCAAUGAAGGCCUCCAAAGCACGACGAAAUCAGAGGGGACAGCUCCGUGCAAGCUCUGCACCAAUCAUAGAACGACCUCCGAAGGAGGCCGUGUGCCCGUCCUGCUUGUGGGAGCAAAAGGGUGCUGCUGCCUUGAAGUCUUUGGCGCAGGUCUUGAAAAUCUCAAGCGAGGACAUUCAGCGACGCCCAAGCUUCAGAGAAAGCUUUCAGUCAUGCGUUCCUACUUGUCUUUCCGAAAGGCUUCAGAGAAGAGCUGAGGACUUUGCAAAAAGCCUGGUGACUUUCGGCAAGCACAGCGUAAAAUUUUGCAGGAGGACUGGCUACACUGGCGACACGCCAGAGGAUUCCGAAGCUCCUCGCGACCGUCGCAAGCGCUCUGGAUUUGCAAUUCGAAUGCUGAGAUUUUGCUUGUUCAAGGAAGGGGUGUCUCGUUUCGGUUCCUGA